AUGCUUAUAUUUAGUUUAAAGUUAAUCUGGUUAUUUGAUUCUAAAUACAUAAUUAUAUUUGCAUGGUUGAUGGAUUUGAUCACUUUCAUAGUUAUAUUAUUAGACAAAAACAUAUCCAAAUUAAUCUCAUGUAUUCAUUUUGCUGAAAAAGUGUUAAGUGUUUCAUUUAAAGUAUUAUUAUUACAUUUCCUAUAUAAUAAGAUAACAAUUAUAAUACAUUUUGAAAUUUAAGAAAUCAAUUUGUAUUAUAUUCCAGCUUUAUAAUUAAUUGUUACAAUUGGAUUAUUUCUUCAUUAAGUCUUACAAUAAAAUAGAAACAAAAGAAAACACAUUAUUGUAUUAUUUAAAUCUAAUUAGAUUGCAUAUUCCUAUUCAAUUCUUUAUAUACUAUAAUUGUUAUUAUUAUCUUUGAAAUGGAAUCAUUUAUUUAUUUAUUCAUAUUAUCAAACUUUUAUUAUAACAUGGACAGCAUUAGGAGUUAAUACAUUUUUGAUUGUAUUAUUGUUUAUCACUUUGGUUGAAAAUUGUUUCCAUAAAGAAAUUCCUGAAAUAGAUGGUACAAUAUUAUCAUAUUAAGGAUCAAUUAUAAUAUGGUUUAUUUAUUAUAUAUUUGGAUUAACUAUUAUUCCAUUCUUCUUAUUAAAAGAGAUUUGUCAAUUUUAUGAAAAGGAUACUAUAUAAAUUAAUAUUAGAAUAGCUGGUAUUACUGUCUUAAUUUCCAUUAUACUCUACCUUAUUUCAUUUAUAUUCUUUACUAAUAAAAUUAGAAAUUAAUUGAUGUAUUUGAAUUAUUUAAAAUAGAAUUGUUUUAUAAUUAGAAAAUAGAUAAACUUAAAUCACUAUUCCUAAAUCUCCUUAAAUAGAAACUCCAAAAAAGAAAUGGUCUAAACUUAAAAUUCCAAUUAUGUUCAUUCGAGUUUCUGCUUCAUAUUAUAAAAUAGUAACAAAGAAAAAGAUAAAUGAAUUAAAUAAUAGAAAUAUGAGUUCAAUUCCAAUUUGUAGUGAUAUCUUAAGACCUGAUUCUCUUAAUUUUAAAUAAUCUCCAUGUUUAACUAUGAUGAAAUAAAUGAAAUCUAUACCAAAAGAUUAAGAUUCAUGUGAUAUUUGUUUAAUUUGCUUUGAAAAUGAACCAGAUAUUGUUUUAAAUCCUUGUAAUCAUGGAGGUAUUUGUACAUCAUGCUCUGAAAAUAUUAUGAAAACUACAAAAUAAUGUUUCUUAUGUAGAACUGAUAUUAAGUAUACCUUUAAAUUAAAUCAAAAAAUAGGAGAAAUUUUAGAAGUCACAGAUGUGUAAAAAGUUUGA